AAGUAUUUUUUUUAUUUUCAACUUCCAUGCUACUAAAAUUACAAUAUUUUUCCUCAUCAUAACGCAACUUUAUUCUCAUUUGAAUACAACUUUUUUUUCCUGAACAUUUUGACUUUAUUUUUGUAAUAUUACUGCUGAUUUCUCCAUCUUUGCUGCUUUUGUUGUGUUUUUUUGUUGUUGAUGUUGUAGUUUUGUUGUUAAAUUCUAUAUUUAAAAUGUGCCGCAGGCCAAAAAAACAGCUGCGGUCCACAAAUGACCGUUGGGCCACACUUUGGACACCACUGGUCUAGAAUCACUUUUGCGUCGACACCCGCCAACUGUUGAGAAUGACUGACUUAGGUCACAUGUUAUCAAGUCAUUGUCGUUUGCAUGUGAUGAUGUUUUAGCGUUUGAGUUGGAAAGCCACUUUUGGCCAGACGUGUACACCGCUAUGCGCUCUGUAUGUUACCUGACCCUAAACAGCUCAAGUUCUAUGUCUUUAUUCAGGCAUUGUCUUCAUUACUUACAUUUAAUUGUUUACAUGACCCGCUUUUGUUAUGAAGCAAGGAACUCCUGCAUAACGGAGAAAUGCAAAAGUCAACAGUGCAUCAACGUUCCGCCUUUUUGACGUUUUAUUUGAUGCUUUUAUGGACAAAAGAGUUAUUGAGGACUGACCUGGUGUGACCAAUUGUUUCCAGAUGGCACCCCUUCGGAACGCCUGAUCCGAAAUUUAGAAGAACCUUUGUAAAAUACGACAUUUUUGUAGCAUUAUUGACAUUUUGGUUCAAAACGACAUGCAAUACAGAUUGCUUCCUUCACUGUAGGCCAGGGUUGACCAAAAUGAGGCCCGCGGCUGUUUUGUAAUGGCCCACGGCACAUUCUAAAGAUAAACAAGAUAACAAAAAGAACAACAGCAAAAUUUUAUAAAUAUUUUUUACAAGAAUAAAGUCAAAUUAUGAAGAGAAACAAUGUGUAAUUUAUGAGAAUAACUGUAAUAUUACGAGAUAAUAAUCAUGUUAUUUUAGUUGCACAGUGUUGAAAUGUUAAAGAAAAAAGACGUUUUUUCAAGUCGUUAUAUUACGAGAAAAAGUAAAGUAUAAUUUGGGGGAAAUUAGGUUGAGGAAAAAGUUAUAAUGCUACUACAAUAAAGUCAAAAUAUUAUAGCAAUAAAGUCAAAAUUAUGAGGGAAAAAAAUAAAAAAUUGAAAUAGUUCGGAAUUGUGGAAUUUUCCAAGAAUAAACUCGUAAUACUAUGAGAACAAAAUAAUUCUGGUGGCGAAAUAUUAAAGAAAAAAAGACAUUCUUUUAUAAAAGUCAUAAUUUUAUGAGAAACAAAAAGACAUAAAAAAUGCACAUACGGUGAGGACAACACAACAUACAUUGAAAUUUAACGUGAUUUAACAUUUUGUGGUAACGAUGAAAGCGCAUAAUCUUGUCUAAUCGCGGCAAAUGUACAACUGUUCAAUGUUUUUGCUGAGAAAGACUAGCAAUAAUCUCCAUUGUGGCGCUUCUGCUGCUCUUCUUUCUUCCGUUCUCAUGCUGUAUUGAGCAAUUUCAACACCGCCGCAAGAUGGCAGUAGUGUGACGUCACGGAGCCUUUAGGUGCCGGAAAACCUCCAUCGAAGAAGUAAAACGCGGAAGUUAGCAACGCUUCCAGCUCGACGGGAGACCAAGGGCGAAGUGUAAUCGAGUCCAAAACACUGAAAAUGUUGAAAGAGUUGGUGAAGGAGCGACUAAUGGCGGCGGCUGAUGAAAUAUUCGCGCUGUUUGAAAGAACGAUAGCGUCGUACGAGGAGGAACUUUCUCGAACAAGAGAGGAGAAGGAGCGACAUCGGCAACAACUGGAAGCUGUUGGCGAGUGUCACGUUGCCUUACACAUAGAAGGUGUCCAGCAGAUGAAUGAACGUCCCCCUCAGCCGCAUGGGGGAAGCACCGCUUUAACCCUUGAGCAGGAGGAUCCACAGCCCCCUAACAUUAAAAAGGAAGAGGAGGAGCCACAGACCCCCAACGUUAAAGAAGAGGAUGAGGAACUCUGGAUCACUCAGGAGGGAGAGUGUCCUCGAGGGUGGGAGGACGCUGAGCUCACCAAUUUCCCGCUGACUGUUGUCUCUGUGAAGACGGAAGACCUUGAAGACAAACCACCAAAGUUCUCACAGCUUCAUCACAGUCCAAGUGAGGACAACAGAUGGGCGGAGCUUCCAAGCAGCAGCAGAUCACCACAACACAUGACAACAGAAGCUGAUGGAGACCACUGUGGAGGAUCACAAGCAGACAACCCCUUAGCUCCACUAUCAGAUAGUGAUGACACAACGUCACACUCUCCUGAGGAUGAAGACUGGGACGACGCCCAGGAACCUUUGAGCAGCGAUACAGACUGUGAAGGUGAUAUGAGGACUCACACUGACAACAAACACUCUGAAUGCUCUAAAAAGAAGACAGGUAGACGUUUGACCUGCUCAGUUUGUGCUAAAAUAUUUACUAAAAAGGGUGAUUUCACUCGACACUUGCGGACUCACACAGGAGAAAAACCCUUUAGUUGUUCAGUUUGUGGUGAUAAAUUUGCACAGAGGUCCGUUUUGACGAGACACAUGAAAACACACACAGGGGAAAAACCCUUUUGUUGCUCAGUUUGUGGCAAAAAAUUUGCCAAUAAGGUAGAUAUGCUAUCACACAUGAGAACGCACACAGGAGAAAAACCCUUUAGUUGUUUAGUUUGUGGUGAUACAUUUUCCCAGAGGUCCUCUUUAACACGACACAUGAGAAUCCACACGGGGGAAAAACCCUUUUGUUGCUCGUUUUGUGGCGAAAGAUUCGCUAAUAAGGUCAAUAUGCUCGCACACAUGAGAAUACACACAGGGGAAAAACCCUUUACAUGCUCAGUGUGCGAUAAAAGAUUCACUCUGAAAACAAAUAUGGCGUCACACAUGAGAACACACACGGGAGAAAAACCUUUUAGUUGUUUAGUUUGUGGCGAUACAUUUGCUCAGAGUUCCACUUUGACAAGACACGUGAGAACACACACGAUGUGCUACAUGAAUCAUGGCGAGCAAUCCAGGGUGUUGACUGACGUACACCAUUCCAGCAUGCAGUUAUAACUGCAGCCUCCAUCACCGAUGUUGGGCUAGUUGCUAACAUAAACAUGAAUUCAACGCACCUUUGAAACCUCAAAUGCACAUUAAAGUCCGACAAACGAUGCGUCGGCAAUGGUCUAAUGAAUUUAAAUCAAAGGUAUCCAAAGUGCGGCCCGCAGGGCAUUCUAAAAAUACAAUUUCACAAGAAAACAGCAGCCAAAAUGGAAAAAUCUGCAGUCGUUUUUACAAGAAUAGAUGCGAAAUGUUAAGAGGAAAAAGUUGGAAUCUAACGAGAAAACGUAAUUUUACAAGAAUAACGUCGUAAAUUAUGAGGAAAAAUAUUGUCAUUUUAGUAGCAUAAAGUAGCAUUAUUAAAGACAAAAAUAUGCUAUUUUUUAAAAGCCGUAGAGUUGAAAUAUUGAAGAAAAAAUACAUUACUUUUUAAAGUCUGAAUAUUUUACAGAAACAAACGAAAUAAAGUUGCCAUUUUUUAAAAAAUUAGGUUGGUGAAACACGAUGGGAAUAAAGUCAAAAUAUAAGAAUAAAGUCAAAAUAUUACAAAGAGAAAAUGUAAAAACAGCAAAAAUGGGGGGGAAACUGACCCAUAUUAUUUGGCAUUUCCAAGUUUGGUACGCUCCAUGCGUGGCUCGGUUGCCGAGUUGGUGUGCUGCUCUGCUGCCAUCUAACGUUCACUUUGUUGCAGCACACCUAAUCACCAGGGGAGAUGCUCAGGCACACCUGACAGCAAUCAGCACUGGACUAUUUAGACCAUGCUCGAGCUCUCAUUGUUUGCCAGAACGUCUUCCUUUGCACACACAUUGCUUCUGAUACCUUGUUCCCUAGUUCUGGUCAUGUCCUGUUCCUACUGUGAGUCGAGUGUUUCUCAUGUUUGCUUGCUUAUGCAAUGUUUUUUUGUCGGUGAUUUUUGCUACCUGGCUACCAGUAGUGUUUUGCUAUCACCCUUUUGGUGGUAGUGUUUUAAUACCUUUUUUCACCUGCUAUCCGUGUGUGCAGCGCUUUAUCUUUGUUCACCUUUUUUCCCCGCGGCUAGGCCGGGUGUUUGUGUUCAAGUGUUUUUUCGAUAACAUUCUCAUUUUUGUACUUUGUGGACUUUAUUAAACCUUUGUUACACGCAAGUCUUGUUCAUCCUGCCUGCUUUAUUGGGAUCCAACCACAGCCACACACCACCCCGACAAUGGUGUUGAUGCCAAGAGCUGAGUUUUGGUGUCAGGCGAGUACAUCAUUCUCCCAAGUCUUGUAGCCAACAUUCAGGACAGCCGUGCUCCCAACUCCCUUGACAUCAACCAGCUCCUGCUGGGCAGCUCCCUCACCUCUCAUCCUUACCCCACCAGCGCCAAUAUUUACCCCCCCAAGAGGAUGUGA